GGUGGAGAUCCGCGCAGAGCUCCGAAACGCGGACGGAAGGAGCCGAGCUGAGCCGAGUGGAGCUGCUUAACAACUUAUUUCCAACUCGAGUCUCUCUGAAGUUACCGCUGUUUGUCUUUUACGCAUGGAAUGAACCGGGUUUUACUUGGAAGUUGUUUGCGCUGUAACCGGUUCGGUGGAGGAGGUUGGUCGUCGGGGUAGAUGGGAUCCACUCAGCAACAGCAGCAGCAGCAGCGCCAAACUCACAAUGCGCCCUGAGUGAGUGCGCACAACCUGGCUGGGACACACAAUACGGAUCCGCGGGCAUUCCUUGGACCCAUACGCCGCCCCUGGCUUCUGUUUUCCCCCUUUACUAUCCCCUCGUUUUCGGAGCGACACCCUUAUCCAAUUUUUCACCGAUUGCUCGAGAAUUGAACCCACCGCGAGGGGCUAGAGAGGAGGUUUGAUCCCACAAAACUCAGCCAUGACGUCUCCGGCGAAAUUCCGAAAGGAUAAGGAAAUAGUUGCUGAAUAUGAAACUCAAGUUAAAGAGAUCCGCGCUCAGCUGGUGGAGCAGCUCAAAUGCCUGGAUCAGCAGUGUGAGCUCCGGGUGCAGCUGCUCCAGGACCUGCAGGACUUCUUCAGGAAAAAGGCCGAGAUCGAGACGGAUUACAGCCGCAACCUGGAAAAACUCUCAGAGAGGUUUCUGACCAAAACCCGGAGCACCAAGGACCACAUGCUCAAGAAGGAGCAGAGCGUCCUGUCUCCUCAGAACUGCUGGAACCUUCUCCUGCUGCAGGUGAAGAGGGAGAGCAGAGACCACGCCACGCUGUCCGACCUGUACCUCAACAACAUCAUCCCCCGAUUCGCACAGAUCAGUGAAGACUCGGGGCGCCUCUUCAAGAAGAGCAAAGAAGUCGGCAACCAACUGCAAGAGGACCUCAUGAAAGUUAUGAAUGAACUCUACACGGUGAUGAAGACCUACCACAUGUACAACACAGACAGCAUGAACGCCGAGUCGAAGCUGAAGGAGGCGGAGAAGCAGGAGGAGAAGCAGAUGGGCCGAUCGGAGAGACAAACCCCGCGGUCUCCAGACACGCUGUCCUCCAUCAAGUCUGAGGACAAACCAGUGAGGCGCUCCAGUGUGAAGAAGAUCGAGAAGAUGAAGGAGAAGCGUCAGGCCAAGUACACGGAAAACAAGCUAAAGGCGAUUAAAGCUCGUAAUGAAUAUCUUCUGGCUUUGGAGGCGACAAACAGCUGCGUGUUCAAGUACUACAUCCACGACCUCUCAGACAUCAUCGACUGCUGUGACCUGGGGUACCACGCCAGUCUGAACCGCGCGCUCAGGACGUACCUAUCGGCCGAACAGAACGUGGAGGCGUCCAAACACAUGGGUCUGGAGGCUCUAGAGUCCGCCACCGAGAACCUGGAGCCCAAUGGAGACAAGCAGAAACUGAUGGAGACAUACAACAAUGUGUUCUGUCCACCAGCCAAGUUUGACUUCCAAUCACACAUGGGAGACUCGGUUGGAGUGGUGUGCGCCCAGCAGCCUCUUGAAAGUGAACUACUCCAGAGAUGUCAGCAGCUCCAGUCCCGUCUCUCCACUCUCCAGAUCGAAAACGACGAGGUGAAGAAGACGAUGGAGGCCACUCUCUCCACCAUCCAGGACAUGGUUACCGUGGAGGACUUCGACGUCUCAGAGUGUUUUCACCAUAGCAACAGCAUGGAGUCGGUUAAAUCCUCCUUCAGCGAGUCGUACCUGAGCAAACCCAGUCUGGCCAAAAGGAGAGCCAACCAGCAGGAGACCGAGCAGUUCUACUUCACUAAGCUGAAGGAGUUUCUGGAGGGCAGGAACCUGAUCACCAAACUUCAGGCCAAACACGAUCUCAUCAACAAAACCCUGGGGGAAAGUCAAAAGACUGACUGUUGCAUUGCCAGUGGACGAAGGAAUUCAGCUGUACGGAAGCAGGACUCUGGAGAGGCCAUUCCUCUGAUGGUGGAGAGCUGCAUCCGUUUCAUCAGUCGUCACGGUUUGCAGCACGAAGGUAUUUUCAGAGUGUCUGGGUCCCAGGUGGAGGUCAACGACAUCAAGAACGCGUUUGAGAGAGGCGAGGAUCCUUUGGCCGGAGACCAAAACGACCAUGACAUGGACUCUAUCGCUGGAGUCCUGAAGCUGUACUUCCGAGGCCUGGACACGGCUCUGUUCCCAAAGGAAGUCUUCCAUGACCUCAUCUCCUGCGUUUCCAUGGAGAGUCUCCAGGAGCGGGCCGUUCACAUAAAGAAAGUGCUCCAGCCUCUGCCAAGCAAAACCCUGAUCAUCAUGAGAUACCUCUUCGCCUUCUUAAACCACUUGUCCCAGUACAGUGAAGAGAACAUGAUGGACCCUUAUAACCUGGCCAUUUGCUUUGGUCCCACGCUCAUGUCGGUCCCUGAAGGCAACGACCAGGUCUCGUGUCAGGCUCAUGUGAACGAGCUGAUCAAAACCAUCAUCAUCCACCACAGCGACAUCUUCCCCUCCGCUCAGGACCUGCAGGGGGCGGUAUACACCAUCCCGGGCACUGGAGACCACUUCUGUGAUAGCCCGCACUGUGAGCCCCCUCUAGUGGAGGAACCUGCUCCUGACAUCUCAGCCGGCAACAGUGAUGAUGGCUCGUUGGGUGUUUCAGAGUGCGACCCGUUUGAAGCUGUGGCCCGGUUUGACUAUACCGGACGGACCAAUCAGGAGCUGUCGUUCAAAAAAGGGGCGGUGCUUUUGCUGUAUCGCCGUGCCUCCACAGACUGGUGGGAGGGGCGCUACAACUGCACCGAUGGACUCAUACCGCAUCAGUACAUCGUUAUACCAGACACAUCUGAUGGAGGCAGGGGAAGUCCUAAACCUGAUCUGGACAUGAAAGAGCUGCUGGAAGAGCGAGUGGCCACAAGGGGGAGUGCUGCUUCACCCACAGGGGCACAUGUGGCUGAUAUUUAUCUGGCAAACCUCAACAAGAUGAGGAAGCGCCCCGAGUCCACGAGCGUUCGAAGAGCUUUCCGAGGCUCAGACAGUGAGAGCACAGCCCCGAAUGCAGGCGUCAGGACCGCCUCCCUGCCUGUGGGGGGCGCUCUGGUGAAGGAGAGUCCAGACAAGAGACCAGUCAGUGCCCACAGCAUUCUUAACUCGGUCACCAGACACUCCUCCCUCAAGAGCAAGGUGGAGAGCCCACAGUUGCGUAAAUCGACCCCCGCGGGGCGCUCUAAAAGCUUCAGUAACCACAGACCUCUGGAUCCAGAGGUCAUUGCACAAGUGGAGCAUAGUUCACAGGACAUAGAGGCGGCCAUGAGCACGGCGUUGAGUGAGCUGCGUGAGUUGGAGCGGCAGAGCUCCUCCAAACACACCCCGGACGUGGUGCUGGACACUCUGGAGCAGCUGAAGGGCGUGGGAGGUGGUGGAGGAGGGUCCGGGGGCAUGGGGGGUGGAGGAGGGUCCGGAGGGGCAUCCGAGCCCUCCAGCCCGCUCCACUCCAGACUGCUCCGGGACAGCGAGGGGCCGGGGUCGCACCACCCACACCCCCUCCAGCGCAGUGCCUCUUCUGCCAGUGAUGUGCCCUCCUCCUUCAGGCCCAAAAGUCAACCACGUAGCCCCCUCCCCUCCGCCACCUCCCCCUCCCUCUCCUCCUCCGCCCUUUCCACCUCUGUGCCCUCUUUCAGGGAGCUCAGACCUCCAGCCACCCGGCCUAAACCUGUGGUGUUUCCCAAAGGCACCGGGGGCAGUGGGAGUCCUGCUAUGGGGUCUCCAACGUCCACUGUCCCUCCCACAGCGCCUCCUCCUGGGGGACACUCUCUGUCCCAUACCCCCCCUCCACCUCCUCCACCACAGGCCAAUGACAAAUCGUGUCCUGCUUAGGACCAUUAACGUGGAGUAACAUGAGAGGGUCUUGUCUCUUUAACCACGGCUCAUUUUAGUACAUUUAAAUCACACUCAGUGUUCUGCUCUUGCCAGUCACUUUGUUGUUGUGACACUGUUAUGAAACUCAUCCAGAUAAAUUUGAUAAUUUAUUCAACUAAGAAAGGCUUUAUAUGCCAGUGUUCAUCUCUCUCUGUGUUUAUGGGUUCAUUAAAUCUAAUAAAAGUGUUGAGCUUUUAUAAAGCCGACAUAUUACUUUAAAUCUUCCAUGAAAGAAUUAAUCAAUCUUAAUCAAAUAAUGGACUCAUGCUUUGUUUCUUUUAACAUUUUGAAAUUAGGGUGAGUUGAAAUUAUAUUUUUAAUUGCAAAUAUUGAGGGAUUUACUCCUCAAAACUAAACCUUUAAUCUAAAUGAGCUUUGGUUACAUCAGCCAGACCACAUUAUUAUUCUUAUUAUUAUAACCAGCUGCAAAAUGACAUGUAGCAUUAAAAUCAGUAAAUGUCCACAUGGACUUGUGCCAAUCUCCCCCUGAAUCCUCCCUGCUCCACCUUUAGGACUUUUGCCAUCAGAGAUUCUGGGAGCGUCACUGGAUUUAACCUAUUUUCUAAAGGGAUCAGGACUCCGGAUGGAAAACUGCAACUCUCGAAAUCCAAGUUUUAAAUAUUUGUAUUGAAGCGUGCAAGAGAGAGCCUUGCCUUUACAUACAAAAAGCACUAUUUAAAUGUGUAUUAUAGACGUUUUUCUUUCUUCAAAUGGCCUAUCGCAAGUGGAAAAAAGUGUUUGAAUAUUAAGACUGUGAAAAGCUACAAAUACAACACUGACUUGCUGCUUGUAUAAAUAAAGUUGGACCUUUUUGAAUCACUCAAAAA